UCGUCUGAAAUUUAUUUUCCUGUUUAGGCCUAUAUUGUUUGAGUGGGAGAUCUAAAACAAAACAAGUUAAUAAUCGUUCUCGUACUAUAGGCUACGUCGGCUUAAAAAUUUUGGUUAGAGUGCAAGCCAAAUUAUAAAUGUGAGGUAAACUGAUUACUGACUGAAUCAAAACUAAGGAAAUGUUACCGAAUCAUAGAGGAAUUAAUAGGUUAAACAUGUCUCACAAGAAUUUUAAAAACUGAAGGAAUUCUGUUUAGUUAGUUAUAAAAACAUAAAUUACAGUCAAUAUGGUAAAGUUAUUCCUAUGGUUUUAAAGAAUGCGAUUCAGUCCGUCACGUUUACUGUCAUGUCUGUGUUUGUUGAUGGGGCUUCUACUGACGUGGACUUUGCUGCGUCAUUCACGAUCAUAUACACAAACCUGUCAUCAUUCAGAAGCUUUCCAAGAUGGCUUACACGCCCUCUCUGACAGAGUUCACAGACUGCUUGCUAGUCUUGGAAUCACUCAUUUUCUGUGUUACGGGGCUCUAUGGGGUCAGCUGAGAUUGUCUCGUACAUUACCAUGGGAGAGAGACAUAGAGCUGUGUGUGCUCAACGAGGAGAUUGCUCUCAAAGAUGAGGUGUUUCUGGAGCGUCAGUUCAGGAAAAACAAUAUGCAACUGGUGUACGAUUCAACUGAUGGUAAAUACAGAGUAACAGACACAACAGUGCCAGAUGCUAGGAUAGAGCUGAUUGUAUUUGAAGAAGAUCCCAUGGUCGGUAUGCUGCGCAGAGUUGGGUGGAAGAGACGAGUUCUGCCGUCUGACUGUGAGUCCCUUCCCUCGCUCAGUUGUUUCCCCCCUCGUCUGGUCAAAGCCCCCCUCCCCUCUCGGGAGUUUGGUGGCUACAUCGUCCCUGUCCCUCGUGAGGGCAUCGAGAUACAAAAGUACCACUAUCCCGACAACUGGUGGAAGGAAGUGCUGCCUAAAAACUGUUGAAUCGAACAAAGUUUGAUUGUUAUUAAUAUAUUGUUUACAUUCAAUUUAAAAUUGAAUUCAUUCAAAAGUUUCAUUGGAUUGGAUCCAUUCCAAGUUUGUGAUGUACCUUUAGAGCCAAAAAAAGGUGUAGACAGAAAGGGGUGUAAAAGAUAAACUAUGCACUAAGUUGAUUUUAAUACCGUUUGGUUUUGCACUGAAAUAAAAGAAUGUAUGCAAUGGAUUGCCAGAUUAUAGUUCCUACAUAGAAUCCAGGAAAAUAUUGACAGUAUGGUUAAGUUUAUUUGCUUGUAAUUAAUUACACCUAGAUUGAAUUACCAAAUAAAAAUAGAUCUGACAAAGCAAAUGUAAUUUGUAAUACUUUUUGUUUUGACUAUUGAACAUUAGGAUGAUUCUAAUCUUUAUAUUGGUAGAUCAUAAAAGUGUGGAUUAAUGAGAAAUACGGCCUAUUUCGAUUUGACAGAAUUUUCUAGUGUAUAAACAAAAAGAGAUUGAUGAAAGAUAUUGAAAUGGGCAGGGAAACCAGCAGUUACCUAUUUAUAUAGAAAAUCUUAAGAACUGAAUAUGACCCUGAAAGGCUGAAGGCGGAAAUCAAUAAUCAUCAACCAUUUUGUCAUAUCAAAACGGUUUUAUCGAGUUUAUUUAAUAAUGCAUGUAGAUGCCAACCUGAAAAGUAGUUGUAGCUUAGUCUAGAAAGUUGACUCCUUUUUUGGACACGUGACAUUUAUUAUAAACCCUAUUCUAGUCAUUUAAACUGUGAGAAAGGUAUGUGUCUGUAUAUUUUUAGUCAGUGCUUUUAUUAUGAAUAUUAGAUCAAAUUUUUUCUCAACAAAAUUAGUAUCAAAAUGUAGAUUACAUUUCACACUUUUGUUAUUGUUAUUUCUUUGAGAUUUAUGAAUUACCCAUGAGAUAUUGUAAUUUGUUUGUUGUUUGACAUUUUAUUAAAUUGAUUCAAAAGUACCAUACAUUGUAGGGUUAGCUUAGUUUGUAAAUAGUAGUUUACGCAACGAUUGCGUUAAGUGAGUCUUUACGACACGAGUAGAAAAUUUAAGGCACGAGCCUUGGCGAGUGCCUUAAAAACUUCUACGAGUGUCGUAAAGACUAUUAACGGGAGUUGCGUACACUACUUUACCUACCACCGUUUUUUAAUUACUAUCAAUCUGGAUUUAAUUACUAACAAUCACUACUGAUAACUUUUUAGAGAGGUUAUGUUUUCGUGUAUUGUCAUUGCCACUGAAAGUGAUGCAACGACUUGUUGUAUAAUCAGCUGAUUUCCUGUAAUUACGUGUUUGUUAAACUUCGUUAAAUAUUACAUUGCUAGCAGCAUUCUUACCAUAAAUAAUAUUGUAUCAGGUACAAUUCGGCAAAUAUUUAAUUUAUUUUUGGACUUCCACCAACUUAUUUAAGAAUACGCGAGUAUCAACAUGAACAAGUCGGAUCAACAAUUAAAUUGGUCAACUGAUCAGCUGAUCAGCUGAUAAGUUGACGUUCGAAGCAUUACAAUUUUAAUUCUUUUCUCUCAAUACUUGAACCUCAUUGGUCCGUUACCUGUGUGGAUAUGAGAAAACUAUGCGGAUAUGAAAUGAAACUAUGCGGAUAUGAAAGUAAACAGCUGUAAAGUGGAACUUUUCAAUUCUAAGAACUGGACUGAAACGGCUAUUUUAAAAAACGGUCGUAGGUAAAAGAAGAUUGUUUAAUAUGUUUACCUUCUAAUAAAAUCCAAAACGGUUAAGAAAUCAGUUUGUAUUUUAAACUAUGAUAUUUCUAAAGUUUAGGGAAUGCAGUAUUGUUAUUUUUAAUCUUUUUGAUACAUACUCAACAUGUUUAUAUUGAAUACAGUGCUCUAUUUGUAAGAAUAUAGGUGCCAGAACUUUAACCUAUUUAUAAUAUUUUUAUCCAUCCGAGAGAGGUACCGGAAUCUAGUGGCUAUAUUUAUUUUUAAUACCCACUUAACAUUUUCAUAUAUUCAUUAUUUAAGUAUAUUUUUACAUUAGGUUGGACAUGGAUUUAAAAAAAGGUUUAUUGCCACUUUAAUUGUGAUACAAAUUUUGAAAUGUACUGACAGUGUAUGGUGUAGGCCCAUUAUUAUUAUUUAUUUAAGUAGGCCUAUGUGUAUAAACCAAAGAUUUGUUCAAAUAGUAAUUGUAGAGGAUCAUUUUAUGAUAAAAAACCUUCUUAUAAAUGUUUUAUUUCUUCAUUGAUAGUGAGCUAGCAUACGUUUAAGAUAUUAAAAUUCAAUAUAGAUCUGUAAGUGCUUCUUUAGGCUUAUAAUAUGACCAUUAUUUUGUAACUGUGAAGAACAAAAUAGUUUCUUUAUUGUGCUUAAUUUUAUACUCUAUACAGGGAGAUUUUCAUAUUUGUAACUAAAGCAACAAUAAAGUGAAUUUGCAA